AUGCUCAGUUAUAAUGCGUCAAACGGUGCCAAAAAUCUGUUGCAUUCUUUUAGAAGUGUAAAGUUUCCUAAUACGUUUCGCUCUUUCAAUUACAGCACCAAUACGAAUAAAAUUAACAAGGCUAGCGAUCUGGAGUCCCCAGAAGAGCUGACUUUGAAAUCACACUUGAAGUCAAAGCCUAUUGAUUACACCAACAACGCACCCGUAAACCCCAAGAAGCAGCGUCCUUUGCUUUCAGACUCCAAAUACGAAUCGAAGCUGUAUCAGCUGCCAAAAUGGAAAGAGGCACUGGGUGAAAUUGUGAUCAAAGGAUUCAAUCUCGACAUGGACAAAGUCAGAGCUGGGCCUGUGGCUGGAUCUUACUACUACGCCAUGUGUAAAGAGCAGGGACUUCAGUUCGAAAAUGAGCCAUUGUCUCCUACGGCCAAGUUCUUUUACGAGGAUCUAAAGCUGCCACGUACCUUUUCUCAAUGGUUUCAGGUUACGAUAUUGCAUGAAUGGAUUUUAUUUGUCAGAAUGCGUGCUAUGCCGUUUAAAUAUGGCAAAAAUUAUCAGCAGAAGCUCGUGGACAGAACUUUCACGGAUAUAGAAUUAAGGCUUUUUGACGAAAUGAACGUCAACUCUAGUCGGAUCGCGGACCAAUAUCUUAAGGACUUUAAUUCACAACUUCGCGGUGCUGUUUUUGCCUACGACGAAGGGUUUUUUACGGACGACUCAACUCUAGCAGCUGCAAUCUGGAGAAAUUUGUUUGGAGGAAGGAAGAACGUUGAUAUGGUUCACCUCGAAGCAAUGGUGAGAUAUGUUCGCGCGCAGUUGUACGUGCUCAGUAAAAUGUCAGACCGAGAAUUUGCAAUGGGUGGGUUCAAAUUCGUGCCACCAGACGAGACUGUCCACCAAUUGUCAGCUCAACAAGAAGAGGACAUGAAAAAAGCGGUUGUUGAGAAAUAUGAAGCAAUGGACAAAAGAACUGAUUUGUUACCAAGUGAGCGUAGCAAAUUAUCAUACGAAAACUAA